UGACCAUUGAAAUAUAGUACUGACUUAUAUACUGUCUAUGGUACUGACAGGCAACUAAAACUAGUAGUAGUAAAAAUAUAAAAACAGUAAUAGUAGACUACUGCAUUAUAUUGGCUAUUAUCAUCAUAAAAAAAGAAGCUUUUCAAUGUUUUAUCAGAAGAUUUUAUUUAGCGGAAUAUACAUAAGCGGAACCUUUGAAAUGCGCUCUUGUUUGACCCCGGUGCUAGAAUCCUGAACUGUCAACAGAAACAGGCGGAGGAGCAGCCGCGGCAGCUCUUGUUGCAAACUCCCAUUACAGGUCAGAAGAGAAGAGCCGGUAACCCGCAGGAGCUGCCACUGCGGUAUCCCUCCUGCAAGGUGGUGAUUAUGCGGCCGGGACGGCGUCUGUAACUCGGCUUUAACACAUCUCAGUUCAGGCUUUAGGGGCACAUUCCUUGGAGACUGUUUGGUACCGUGUUUCUGGGCCGCGAUGGAGCCCGGAGGGACUUCCGCUGAGGUCCUCCUGCAGCGUCCCUGGCUUCCUGUGAGCAUCAGCGGCUGGCGGCUCCUCGCUAAGAGCUGGUUUGGGGAAACGUCGUACCACAUCCUGCUGACAGACGUGCACUGUGUGUGGGAGGAGAGGAUGGACUCUGCAGCCCUCCAGAAGAGAGCACAGGAGCUGAACAGACGUUUGCGAGCCCCGGUCAAAGCGUUCUUCUCCCACCUGUGUGAAGUGGUCCGGCCCUGCCUGUCAGGAAGGGACGCGCGGGCCGACAGCGAGGCUCAGAUCUCCCUGACGCGGCAGGACGACGGAAACAUCAGCAUCAAGCUGAAGAGUGAGCUGGCAGGGCUGCCCUUCUACUGGGAGUUUCACUGCACCCCCGCCCCCGUCACUGUGGUGUGUGUUCAGCUGGUGCACCCCCUGCUGGUGAUGAGCCACCUGCUGCAGCGGCAGGUGGAGCAGCUCGGAGGACUGCUGGGGAGGAAGGACGAGGAGAUCCAGGACUACAGAGAGAACGGAGCAACACUCAGCAGAGAGCGGCUGCAGACGGAUGUCUUUGAGGAGCAAACCUACAGAGAGGACUUCAUGUCGAAGUUGUUCCGGCUCGCUGCUCUACCUGUGGUCGGCUGUGCCAAUAAUGCCGCUUUGAUUAGAGGCCCCGUCACACCCUGCAUCACACCUCGGCCAUGUGACUGCCACAGCAGGGCCGUAAAACAAACCUACCCAAAGCACAGAGCUGUGUCAAAAGGACACUUUCAUGCUUUGGGCUCAUGCACCUGAUUAUUUCUUUUUAAUCUUUAUGGGUUUAUUGGCUUUAGAGCUGCAGAACGGUGCAGAUCAACUAACAACUCAAAUGUUAUUCCAUUUCAGAGUAGUGCAGAAUCUACAUGGUGUACGAACAAGCAACACAGAUACUGAAUACACACACAUGUAUCAGAAUAACAAGCUCUAGUUCCUUUCUUACAUCUGGGAUGACGAUGAAAUUAGUAAGAACCAACAGCGAUUUCCCAACCAGGGUGUACGUGAAGUUAUUGUUGGGUAAAAUAUAUAUGUAUGUAACUCCAUCUUUGUGUUUAGGGGAAAAAUAAACACACCAAUAGGAUUACAAACUUAGGCUACAUCUACGCUACUACAUUUUUGUUUAAAAAACAAAUAUCUUGUGCUACGUUUAUGCCUCCUGUCCACACUACCGCGGUGUUUCCGAGCCUCUAAAACGGAGACAUUUGGAAACACUGCUGCCCCAGUCUUAUCGGUUAGGUAGCUUACAGACCUUCCAGUAACAGAUCCACCUCGUUGUCGUCGCUCCAAGCAAAUCCCUGUUCUUACUUUUCAUCAUUGUUGUUCUUUCUCCAAAGUAGUUUGCCUAUUUCCAACUUUUACAUCCCUGAUUUUCAACCACAGAGUAACUG